UUUGUUGGAUGGAGGGUGUAUGUUCUCCACUAUGCGAUUCGUUUCUUCUUGAUUGCAAACCCUGAUGGCUUUCUCCAAGUAAUUCGUGCCCACCUUUCCUGUUUAUUUACUACAUGGUCCGCUUUGCUCCCGUCAGUGUCUCCGGCUCAAUUGACUCCUGGAUGGAUCUUUUCUGUGGCGCUUGCACCGCUGAUUCCUCCAACGAGAUGCUCAAGAAAUCCUACAAGCUCACCUACUUUGACAUCCGCGGCCUCGCUGAGAACUCCCGUUUGAUCUUGGCUGCGGCGGGCCAGAGCUACGAGGAUGUGCGCUUGAGCUUCAGCUUCGGCACGCCCGGGGACUUCAGCACCAUCAAGCGCCCUGAGUUUGAUGCGAUGAAGGCGGCGGGACAGUUGGACUCCUCUUUGGGCAAAGUGCCUCUUUUGGAGGUGGAUGGGGCCAAGAUCGGCCAGUCCAAAGCCAUCGAGCGCUUUUUGGCCAAGGAGUUGGGCAUGAUGGGCAGCAACAGCGUCGAGGCCGCGCAAGUGGAUCAGCUGGGCGAGACGGUGCGUGACAUCAAGGACGCCUACCAGAAGGUCCGCGGCCUUCAAGAUGAGGAGGCCAAGAAGGCUGGUAUGGACAAGUGGUUUGCCGAGGACUUGCCUAACUGGUGCGCACUGGCAGAGAAGUCGCUUCCUCCUGGACCAGGGCCUUUCUUGGUGGGUGGCAAGGUUUCGCUCGCCGAUAUCUUGUUCUACACCUUGCUUCUUGCUCCAGGUUGCUUCUUUGACAACGCGGAGGGUGCGAAGGCGGCCUUCCAGAACUGCCCCAAGUUGAAGGCCGCCCUGGAGGCGACGGAUGCUUUGCCCCAGCUGAAGGAGUACAUCUCCAAGCGCAAGGAGACACCGUUUUGAGGGCCAGUUUGGCCAUUUUGCCGGGAGAUGGCGACGAUCAGGCAUGUUUUGUAGACUGAGGAUCUGAUGUUCGAAGCAGCAUUGUUGUGAAGACUGACAGCAGGGCUAGUUUGCUAGCCCGAAAUCCAACCAUCCUGGGCAAGAUUGCACCCCCUUUGAAGCGGGGCCAAAAUUGUUUCGGAGGGAAUGAUCUGGGCAACUGCGCUUUCAGCUUUUGCACCGGUCAGCCUCGUAAUCGAAGCACCUGCCUAUAGGCUAUAGGAUAGAAAAAGACGCGGCAGAUGGUCAGGUAACUUGCUCCCAGCUGGUUCUGGGCUCAAUUCCAGACAGUUGUUCGGCAAACUUGUGUAUGA